AUGGCGACUUCGAUGCAAUUUGGUCCCGAGUGGAUGCGCAAAGGACCAACCAGCAAAUCAGGCGGCAAGGAAAACCCCGCUUCCACCACGCCUUCGGCUGCUACCAGCCCUGGCACGGGCCCCGUUGCCGGCACUACGGCUCCCAGCAAUGGCAGCAACGGCAACAGCGGCGGCAAGCGUAAUGGCGGGCCUGUCGGUCUUGCUAAUCUGUCUGGCCCGGCACCUGUGGUGAGCCCGUCGGUGAGCAGCCCUGGUGCCUUCUCGUUCGCUGCGGCUGCCGCUGCCGCAACUGCGCAAUCCUCGGAUCGCAAUGGCACGCAUGCUUCCACUCCGCAAGGCGACAGUGACUCCUCCUCGACGACGCUUCUCAACGGUUCUUCCGCAGCACUCGCCAAGGACAAAGUAUCGCGCGAGAAGAUGCUGAGUCUGUACAGUUCGGACCGCACCAGCAAGAACGCUAGCGCAGAGCCCUCGCCCGUGGAAGCCGUCCCGCCUGGAGGUAGCGCUGCGCCCGAGCGCUCCACGAGCACUUCCCGCAGAAAGGUCGGUUCCGAUCGUCGCCAACCUGGUUUUGCCGAUUUUGUAGCCGUCGGUGCGGGACCGUUAUCACCCGGCUUGGGCAGCAACGAACCGCGCGGGCUCAACGCACGAUCGACUUCAGGAGGCUCUUCAGGCGGCUUCGGUUCCGCUGGCACGUCGAAUUGGGACAAGGCGGAGAAGGAGCGUCCUGGCCUGUUCCAGCGUGCUUCGAAUGGCGCUUUGGCGGGCGUGACCACCAACUCUGGUUCGCGUCCCCUCUCGCCCUCGGUGUCUCGAGAUCGCUUCACUGGCAUUCAGGGCGGUGUCCUUUCCGGUGUAGCUCCUCCUGCCCGCAAAAGGAUGGACAGCAACGAUGGCGGUCCCACUCCAGUGGAAGCCCCUUCUCGCAGUGUGCGCUCCCUCAAGAGCAGUCAGGACGAGGUGCACGCUCCACAAUCCUCGACCAAUGGUGCAGCUGGCGGUAUGGGCUCUUGGGGACGCUCUUCGCAGUCCGCCAUCGGUCAGUCCGGCACGAUUGGCAAUGGCGGAGGAGUGAUGGGCGCCUUCUCCGAUGCCUUCAGCUCCAACCGCGUCAGAGGUCGAAAUGUGCCGGCUGCUGCCGAUGUUGCUGUGUCAGCACCUGCGGCUCCUCCCGCACCCGCAGUAGAGUCAUCGCAGCCAACGCAGCCCAUUGUGCCCAGCGCCAAUCCCGAAGGACUCAGCAUUUCGGCUCGCUUCGCACGCCACAAGGACCGUCUGCCCGGUGAAGGUCCCAUCGGUCCUCCUUCCGAUGGCAGCAUUGGCUUCGGCAAAUCCUCGGGCGUCGACAGGAGAAGAGAGCGUCAGAUCAGUCAGGCUCGACCGAUGCACUCUCAGCUGACCCGAGGCGACGCAAGCGCAGUCAACGGCGGAUCCGCUGCUCUUCACACCCAAGUGACCGAACAGCCCAGCACUCAAGCACAGGAGGCUGUCAGUCAGAUCGCAGCUCAGGCCGACCACGGUCUUGGCAGCGACGAUCAGGACCUGGCGCAGCACGCCUCUGCUGUGCUUGGCUCGCUCAAGCUCGACGAGGAUGACAGCCCCGGUCUACCUCCUACAUCCGCCCUCGCUGGCGACCACCUUGGCUCCAACACAGACGAUCUUCUUCGCGGUCGUGACGUCAGAGACCACUUCGAACAGCAACAACAACAGCACCACCACCCUCAAGCAACCAUGCAGGCCGCACCUUGGUCACCCGAAACGUCCAUGUGGCUCUACAGGGACAUGGCUGGCAACGUGCAAGGCCCCUUUAGCAGUCUCAUGAUGCAGGACUGGUACUCGCAGCAGUACUUUGCCGAUGACUUGCUCAUCAAGCGUCAGGAAGAUGUCGACUUCAAACCACUUGCUCAGGUCGUCGCUGCGGUUGGCAAUGCUCUCCAGCCUUUCAUCAUUCCUCCUUCCAACUGGCUGCACAGCCCAGCACCUCCUCGACCCGCCUUCGAAACAAACUCUGGCGCCGAGCAGAGUCGCUUCAGCGAUACCUUCGACUCUAACAGGUCUUGGGCAGCGCAGGCAGGCAGGCAACAGCAGCCUCAGCAGUCACAGCAGCAGCAGCAGGGCUGGCCUUCGUCCCUCACUCUCGGUGGUCUCGGAAACAGCGGUCCCGCACCCGCCUCGCCUUUCGGGCGUCACGACAUCUUCUCGGCUGCCCAGUCCGGACUGCGCAAUCAGGACGAUGUCAUGUCGAUGCUUCGCGAGCGCGAGCUGCACGAGCAGCGCCAAGCUGCCGGUCAGCGAGGCCCAGGCGGCAUGCAUCUUGGCCAGCUUGACAGCUUCGGCGGGGGCCUCGGAAGAUCUGGAUGGGGCAACGAGUCUGCCAUGACGCCCUCUCACUGGGGCGGCAUCGGCCAUGGAGGUCUCGGUCAAUUUGGGGAUGUCGGUCUCGGCGGCGGCCACCAAAGCCCGCUGGUCGGUGACCGACAACCCUUUGACAACUUUGGCCACCAGCAGCAGAGGCAAAAUUUUGACCAGGCCAGCAGCCCUUGGACCAACACGGCCUCGGUCGCGUCUCGAUCGCAGUUCGACUCGAUGCGACAGGCGCAGCAAGGUCAAUGGGGCGAGCAGCAGGCACAAGCACAACAGCAGCAGCACCAGCAGCCACAGCAACAGCAGCAACAGGCACCUUGGACCUACUCUGCUACAACACCCGAUGUGAGCAACCGCCAGAUGGAUUUCAGCGAGGCUCUUCUGCGCAACGAGGCCAUCAAAGCUGCUGAUCCCAUCGGAACUCCUCGACGAUCCCGAUCGCCUGCUCCUCAGCAUGAUGUGACUUCGGCUCACCAGCAGGCCGUCGAGCACAAGGCUGAGCUGCACCAAUCGUUCGAGAACGCUUUCCCUGCUCCCACGCAGCAAGACGAUGCACACGUUCACGAGCAUUCGGCCGGCUCCACCGCUGCCUUCCAAGAGAAUGAUGACAAAACGCUGGCCGUCAACACCCACGUCGACGUGGCUCAACCUGCCACACCGCAGAAGAAGAUGAGCAAGAGGGAGGCGCAGAAGACAGCCGCCGCCGCCGCCGCCGCUUCUGUAUCUGCCGUCAGCGCUGCUCAAGCACCCACAACGCCUGCCAAGACUGCCGAUACCGACAUUCCACCUCCCGAAGCUUUCACCACUGGCGAGCCGCGUCCUGAAGAGCUCUGGCCUCAGUCUCCCAAGGCCGUCGAGUUUGCCUCCGAGCCCGAGCUCUCUGGCAUGCCCGCAAUGACCCUCACCGGUAACAAGGCUGCCAAGGACGUCAAGCGAGAGUCGCGCUCAGCCCUGCAGCGACAACCCUCGGACGUGUCUCGAAGUGAGCCGGCCACCCGCGCUGCCGCUGCUGCCCGCCCGACUGGUGCUAGCAACGUGCGCGUCGUCUCACAGGAGCAGUUCCGACGAGGCAAGGAACUCGAGAGCGUAUCCGCCCAAGCACCCCUCUCUGACUGGCUCAACGAUGCCUCGACCACGGGCGAAUCGCCCGCCCCCGCCAGCCGACCCGCUCCCUGGGCCGCCGCCAAGGACGACUCGACCUCAACGACUGGUCCCAGUCUGCGCGAGAUCCAGGAAGCCGAAGCCAAACGUGCCGAGGCGAAGCGUGCCGCAGAAAAGGCAGCAGCUCGUGCUCGCAUGGCUGCCACACCCGGUGCCGCCGACGACCUCCCAACGACGCUCAGCUGGGGUCUGGCCUCGGCGCCUGCCACCAAGACGAUCAACACCGAGGCGGCCAACGCUGCUGCUGCUGCUGCUGCGGCGGCGGCGGGCAGCCCCGCUACUCCUGUGUGGAACGCCGGCAAGACGGCGCCCAAGAAGACGCUCAUGGAGAUCCAGGAGGAGGAGCGCAAACGCGCUGAGAAGCUCAAAGCUCAGCAGAAUGCUCAGGCGAUCGCGAUGCGCAAGGGGUACGCGGACUCGGCUGGUCGAACUGCCUCCUCGACGAUUGCGGCUCCUACUGCGGCGAGUGGCGGUGGUGCUUGGUCGGUGGUUGGGGCUGGAGGCAAGCCUUCCACUCCCAGCGGCGCCGUGCCGGCUACUGCUGCAGCUGCUUCACCCCUUGCUGCUCGACCGGGCGUGACUCCAGCCAGCCGCACAGCCAGCGCCACCCAACCUCCCACCUCGACGGGCAGCCCCUGGAACGUGGUUGGCACCAAACCCGCCACCAUCUCCACACCUUCCGCACUCCCCGCCUCGCCCUCGCCCGCCACCCGCAUCCGAUCCACCGCCGAUCCCACCGCCCCCUCGCCCGAAUUCAUCCGCUACUGCAAGGAAAACCUCGUCGGCCUCACCAUCAAGACGGACGACUUUAUCGACAUGCUCCUCCAAUUCCCGCUCGAUCCCUCGGCGGAUGUGAUCGAGAUCAUUGCCGACACGGUGUACGCCAACAGCAGCACGUUGGAUGGGCGCAGGUUCGCGAACGAUUUUGUUAGCAAGAGGAAGUUGGAUGUGCAGGGGAGGACGGGGGUUAAGUGGGGUGCGACGAGUGGUGGGGUGAAGACGCCGAGUGUUAAGACGGUGGAGAAGGUGACGGUGGGCAAGGUGCCUGGUCAAGGGGAAGGGUUCAAAGUUGUCAAGGGCAAGGGUGGGAAAAAGCGCUAG